GGCCUAGAUGGGUAUGGCCUGUAGCCAGCGCACACACUUUUAAGUAGUCUAGUAAAUGAAUGAAAGACGAUAGCUCAAUUUCAUCCAACCACAUGAGAUAACCCGCAAACAAACUUUCCAUCAACCUCUCGACAUUUAUCGAUUGAUUUCAUGGCCUCCUUGCCUUCAGUUGUAGUUGGAAACACUGUCAAGCUCGAUCGACAAUUCAAAAAACUCACCCCAUCUUCUCUUUCAUUACAACAUAGAAAUUUUAACCCCAAAGAGUCGGAUAAAUCAGCUUUGGACCCUUUUAAUUUGGACUUCAGGAAGGCACUUACAUUGAUACAAGAAGGUAAUACUAAGGUUGAAUCAUCUUUUUACGUUCCGAUUUUACAGGAAUGUAUAGAAAAAAAUUCCGUUUCAGAUGUUCAAGCCCUACAUGCUCAUGUCAUAAAGAGGGGUUCAUAUCAAGAUUUGUUCCUCAUGACAUUUCUCGUUAAUGUAUAUGCAAAAUGUGGGACCAUGGAAAGUGCUCAAAAGGUUUUCGAUAAUUUGCCUUCAAGAAAUGUGGUUACAUGGACAUCUUUGAUGUCGGGUUAUGUUUACAAUUCGCACCCGCACCUUGCUAUUAGUGUUUUCAAGGAGAUGUUGGAAAUUGGGGGGUACCCCACAAAUUUUACUUUAGGAAUUAUAUUGAAUGCUUGCUCUUCUCUGUGUGAUAUUGAAUUGGGGAAGCACAUUCAUGCAUAUAUUAUAAAGUAUGGAAUUGAAUAUGAUGCCAGUAUUGGAAAUGCACUUUGCAGCUUCUAUUCCAAAUGUGGUAGUUUGGAUAUGGCGUUUAAGGCAUUUUCCAGGAUUGGGGAAAAGAAUGUAAUUUCAUGGACUGCCAUUAUAUCUGCGUGUGGGGAUAAUGGGGAUUCUGCUAUGGGAUUGGAUAUGUUUGUUCAGAUGCUUUCAGAGGGCGUGGAGCCAAAUGAGUUCACCGUGACUAGUGUAUUGAGUUUGUGUUGCAUAAUACAGGCUUUGGGUUUCGGUACUCAGGUUCACUCGUUGAGCAUAAAACUUGGAUAUGGAUCCCAAAUACCCGUGACGAAUUCUAUUAUGUAUUUGUACUUGAAAAAUGGCUGCAUCAAUGAGGCAAAGAAACUGUUUGAUGGAAUGAACACCAUCAGCUUAGUUACAUGGAAUGCUAUGAUUGCUGGUCAUUCUCAAAUGAUGGAUCUUGGGCAGGAUGGCAUUUCCACUCACUUCAGUGGAAUUGAGGCCCUCAAUAUUUUCCAGCGAAUGAAAAGAUCAGGAGUGAAACCUGAUUUGUAUACUUUCUCAAGCAUAUUAACUGUAUGUAGUAACUUAGUUGCUCUGGAACAAGGUGAACAAUUUCAUGCUCAGACAAUAAAAACUGGCUUUUUGUCUGAUGUGGUUGUGGGAACUGCCCUAGUUAACAUGUAUAAUAAAUGUGGAAGCAUUGUUAGAGCGAGUAGAGCUUUUGUCGAAAUGUCUGCAAGAACAUUAAUUUCAUGGACUUCCAUGAUCACGGCAUUUGCACAGCAUGGACUCUGUCAACAGGCGUUACAGCUUUUUGAAGAUAUGAGACUCGUAGGAGUUAGACCAAACAAGAUCACCUUUGUCGGUGUUCUCUCAGCUUGUAGUCAAGCAGGAAUUGUUGAUGAGGCAUUAGCCUAUUUUGAAUUGAUGAAAAAUGAAUACAAAAUUAAUCCUGUGAUGGACCAUUAUGCAUGCUUGAUUGAUAUGUUUGUGAGGUUGGGUCAGAUAGAACAAGCUUUUGAAUUUAUCAAGAAGAUGGAUUUUAUGCCCAGUGAGUUUAUAUGGUCAAUCUUAAUCGCAGGCUGUAGAAGUCACGGAAAAUUAGAGUUGGGGUUCUAUGCUGCCGAACAACUGCUUGAUCUGAAACCCAAAGAUCCCGAGACUUAUUUCUUGCUAUUAAAUAUGUAUUUUUCAGCAAGCAGAUGGAAGGAUGUCUCAAGGGUGAGAAAAUUGAUGAAAGAUGAAAAGAUUGGAAAACUGAAGGAUUGGAGCUGGAUAAGCAUUCGAAACAAGGUCUUUUCGUUUAACCCUGACUACCAGCUAAGUCAGGAAGGAGAGUUAAAGAAACUAUUGGAGGAUUUACAAGAGAGAGCACGUAUUCUUGGAUAUCAGUUGCAAGCAAAUUUGGAGGUGAUAGAUGAUGAAGAGGAAACAACUUCAUUGCCUGCUCAUCACAGUGAAAAGUUGGCAGUAGCAUAUGGAUUACUUAACACAUCAAAUGGGCGACAGAUUCGGGUUGUUAAGAGUAUUAGCAUGUGUAGAGACUGCCAUAAUUUUAUUAAAUUCAUCUCAGUAUUAACUUCAAGAACUAUAAUAGUUAGAGAUAGUAAAAGACUGCAUAAAUUUUUCAAUGGAAAUUGUUCGUGUGGGGAUUUUGGCAGUCUACUUUGACACCAUCACCUUGUUCAAUGAGCCUUUGCUAAUUUUGAUGCAGUGUGCCUUUCGUGACCAAUUGAUUGUGUAAUUUUAUC